UUUCAAGCCAAGUACCGUCAAGCCGCUGGCGUUUCUCGACAAUGGUCAAAUAUGUGACAAGGUAGUAUCAUAGCCAUUCUGACGUCACAUAAAGCGAUACCAUAACAUUCUUGGUCGCUCACUCUUCGGCUGACAAACUUGUCCUUCACGAUCAAGAAGAAUUCCACCUUCAGAUCCUCCACCCUCGGGUUCCCCAACUCGUGUCGCAUUGCGCCUUCUCCGGACAAGCAAUGCGGUUGAACCAACAUAGAUCAUGUUGCCUCACAGUCUUCAAGCGUGACUCUGUACAACUGGGAGUGGCGGUGGUGGACCUUUUGCACUCAAAGGAGAGAAUCUAUCUCCCUCCGCCUUCCUCAUUCUGAUCGACUCUUUUGAUCUGGAACUCAACCCAUACCUUCAUCCACAGAUUUAGUAGGGAUCCAAACCUCCUCCAAACUUCUCCGAUCCAAUUGUGAGAGGCUUUCAACAAUUCAUCUUGGCCAAGCCCUACCUGUCGGUUCUCAUAUACCCGGAGUUAGGAUCAAAUCAUCACGUCCUGAAUCGCCAGGCGCCGUUCCUUGGUGUGCCGCUAACAACUGGGCUCUGCCGUAUCUACUGGCCCUGAACUAUUCGCAAUGGGGAAGGCCAAGGGCAAAGCGCCCAAAUCAUCCUCUCGCGACACUGGCAAUAAAACCACGCAAAGUCGCUCAAGCCUGGUGGAUAAUCGACCUGCCAUCAAGGCUUCAGAUGGAGUCAACGUUGAAGGAUGGACAGAAGCUGACAUUCGGACAUACAACGACUUACUUGAGGAAAGAGCAAAGCUCGAAAAGGAAAAGGAUGAGCUCGAAAGAAAAUCAUCAAGACACCACACGUACCGAGCCUUGCUGGAUGAGAGCACUGCUGCACUGGACAGCUCCUUCAGACUACAAUUGACCGGAGAGUACAUAUUCACGGGCUCUAGUCGUUGCUGUCUGGAUCAAACCUCUACCUUUACGCAUGCACCCCGAACGAAGAAUUUUCACUGUGCCCAUGAAAUUUGCAAACGUGCAAAGACACACGGCAUUUCCUGGGCAGAAUUCGACACGAUAAAGUACUAUCACGCCAGAAUACUGACGGAGAAAUCGCAAAGAAUCCGAGAAGCGCUUGGGAAACAACGCGACGUCGAAUUGGUCCGUAUGAAGAAGGAUGAAGAUGAUGAACUUGCCCAAAAAAGCCGCAAGAAUCCAUCAGUGCCCCACGCUUCCCUUCAUACAAUCAACACCAGCAAGAACACCUCAUUGAUGAGCUCAUCAAUUCUGGAUACGUUUGACCCCAGGAACCUGUUGCUCAACCCUCGCAAUGCCAUCAUGUUGGACAUCGCCAAAGAGAAUGAGGACAUCGUGAGCAGAAUCCGUGAAGAACUAGAAAAGAUCCGAGGAGAUGUCAAUACCGGCAGAAUUUCAGCUGGAGAUGCUCGGGUCAAGUUGGACCAGGCCAAUCUUCGCAUGGCUGAGGCAGAGAAACAGAACAAAGUCUUUCGCCAGACCCUUCUGAACGACGAGGCUGCUCUUUCCCGAGCGUCGCAGAUGGGUCCGUCCAGUUUACCAAAUAUUCUUCCACAAGCUUUGGCUUCUAGUAGCUCAGACGCUUUCUCCCACGCUCUUUCUGUUAUGAAAGGCUUCUUCUCUACUUCCAACCCGCAAGACAUCCAGACUGCGAUAGCCGAUCUGCGCAAAGUCCUUCAGAUGACUGGUCCCAUGUCACCUGUCCUCGCAAAAUCCUUCCAGGCGUUGGAGGAGAUGCUCUCGAAAACGAAUCCGGACGGGCUGAAGGUGGACGCCACGACGACAGAUGGGAAACGACAGAUGAUUGACUUUUUGAUGAAUAUGAGGGGUGUAAUGGGACUUAGCGGGGCAGAUACGACAGACACGAAUCUCGGCCCCGGCCUCGACCAAACCACGCUCAAAGCAAACGAGGAGUGCAUCAAGAUUGAAAAUGCUGCCAUGAAGGAAAUGUCAGCUUUGGCGGACAAGAUGUUUGAGGCAGAUGAUGAGAAGGUCGCUGCGGCUCUGGAACCGCUCAAAGAGGCAGCUCUUCUGAAAUCACCCAUCCCACCUUUGUCAAGAAUAGUUCUCGAAGAUAAGAUUAUCAAAAUCUUGUUCGGGCGAUCGAUAUUUGCACUCAUUCGGGAUGCUCGCACAGGCGUGAGUCAAACCGAACUUCAAGCCAAGAUCACAUCCCUAGUCAUGAGAUUUGCUGAGCGCAAACCUGACAAGUUCAUCGAUGUCCUCACUCUAGUCAGCGAGACAAUCGCCAUCAAUCGAAACUCCUCUCCCGCACUCCUUGAAGCCCUCAAGGCUGUGGACAUUUCCAUGACAAGAUUUGUGGCAAAGACACAAGCUGAAAGAGUCAUACAACCACCACUAGGCAAUACGUCGAUUGCCGCAGACGAUCGACGAGAAGACCUACUCGAAUCCAACAUGGGUUUCCAUUCAUGCAAUCAUGGCAUGGAUCUUGUUCGAUCGACGACAGUGACCAAAGGCCAUUUCAAGAGGUUCCAGAAGUUGUUUGAAGAUGGUCGAAUCUACUCAGAUUCAGCGCUUCUUCGGUCCACCGUGGCGCGAUACUACAAGGCCCAUCUCGGCAAUGGUCUGUGGGAGAUUUUCAAGGUGUUCGUUUCUCACAAAGGUGCCCCUGAUCGUGCCCAUAUCGAGCCGGGGUUUUGGAGGGACGAGCUCGACUUCUACCGUGAAAACAUCAGCGACUGUCAACUAGCAGAUCAGCAGUUUGCUGACACGAUCGUCAACUUUGCGCGUGCUGGUGUCUGUCCCGCCCAGGUUUCUGUCGUCAUUAGUCAACAUCUCACUUACCAAACACGGGCCAACUUCUCUGCGGCGGUCCUAAACGUUCGCUGCCUUGCAAUGGCGAUUGGAAAGCAUAUGGCCCAAGAUCUUGGCGAGUGGUUCCUCACGUGGUCGUUUAUCGCAGCUCUCAUGACCGACUUUUAUAUGCAUUUGGUGUGUGAGCUCACCAAGUAUAAGUCUGAGAUGGGGAUCUAUCAGGAAGCAGUUCCCAUAGUGGCUGCUGAUGUUCUUAGCUUGGUUUGCGCACUGGUCAUAGGAGUACCGGACCAAACCCGACAAAUUGCCAAUCUCCGCGCCAUUGGAACCUUCAUAGGCUCCUGCAUCUUGGAUUAUAAGAGGCUGCAAGACCCUCAAGCCUACAAUGCACUGUGGGAUCGUCUUACAUUCUUUGUCAACGACAAGAAAUACAUAUGUGGCCCUGGGCACUCGUGCAGAAGUAAGGUGAGAGAGGUCACAGCUAAGCAUCGAUCUUCAACCAAAGCUUCGGCAGUGGAGGAUGCGACCGGACGUGGUUCGGCAAAGGCAAGUGGGAGCAGGGAACAAGCAUGCAGCGAUGACCACAUCAAACCAUCUCCAGGUGGAGGGUCUUCUUCAGUUAGCCUUGGCUUGGACGAUGAUGAACAUGUGGCUGAAAAGCAUUCUCGGUUCUCGGAACAUCUUCUUGAGCAUGCUGUGUCUGAUGAACUUGCUGCUCAUUCUACUUCAAACGCCGCGGUUAUCGAUAAGUCGCACCAGAACUUGCGACAGACUCAUUCGGGCACGGUUGAAAAGUCCAACGGACAUGCAAGCCACCAACCCUCAGGCUCACAUAGCGCGCUCAGCUCUUCAUCGGAAGCAAAGCCUCCUCCCCAUGCGACCAAAGUCAUAACUUCACACCGAGAUGACACAUUAAAGAAAGCUGACGGCUUUGGCACUAUGACUGGUAAAGUACCUCAUACUGAACAAGCUUCACCCUCAAUUCCGACCGCCUUGUCUUCAGAAUCUGCUUUGCUUCAUGCAGAUAAGUUCCAACCUCGCGAACUCGACAUCCAGAGAAAGUUGUCCAAAUGGAUGGACAACCUUCUGGAGCUGAAGGAAUCCAUGACAGAGGUCUGUCAAUCGCGUCCAGUUUUUGCAGAGAGUCUUCAAGUGGUGAUCAAUCGGCUCCGAGAGACAGCCCAAAUUCAUCAUGAAGUUGCCUACUCUGUCGCCCGCGGACAAGGAUAUAUAGGUCUGCAAGAAUGGUUGGAGCGCUCAUGCCCCUGGAAUUUGGGCCGGGGAUACUUCGACUCACGACGAUCAGAACUUCACCAAAGCCUAAUUGGAGCCCCAAGUCCAACUCCGCGACAGAAAUCGCCAGCAGCAGCAGCAGCUGGAACCAACAAGAAGAAAAGGACUGGAAAGAGCCGCGCAGUGAAUGAGAGCUGAUGCCCGAAUCAAGGGCACUGCCUCUUUCAUGUACAUGGAACCCAAUCUGGUGAUGAUUGAGAUGUUGUAACGAAAGGCUCUCUGACCGAGCCAACCAUUCUCAACCCCCUUCCCUUUCACCAGAACCCACAUUCGCAUUCUCACCGUCCGAAUCCAAAAGGACCAAGGCUGGGUGGGUAAUCAGACUAUCCUAAGACUAUACUUCCUCCUUAGGAUUGAAUGCCUACCCACCACAACCAUUUUUUGCAAUCCCUCACGGCAAUCUUUUUUUGGUAUUGCCAAAAGCUCACUCACAAGCUUCAGAACAGCAUUGCAUGGGAAAUGGAACACGUCAUUGGAGUUUGUCAAAGUCUCUCCCAUCAAUUAAUGCAUCCAACAGAGCGUUGCAAUCUUGAUUAUGUUUUCCCCAGCAUCAGCAUUGAACAUCAAACACGGGAAUGAUUUGCGCAAAAGAAUUGAAAUGGCGCUUAUCCACGGAUGUCAUGUAUUAUGUAGGUACCUAUCCUGCAAGGUGUAGGAAAAGACUACAACGUUUUCAAAAACUAGACUCAGUGAUGGUUCUACUUUAAUUUUCCGUGUUCUUCGUGUGUUGGUUAUAUCGUCAUGGGCGUGAUUCUAGGCGGUGUAGUCAGAUAAAAAGCGGAUUUCAGAGUAAACAAGGCAUAACCGAGAGAAGAAUUG